AUGUUGCGAGUUGCUGUUAUCCUGUUCCUGGCGUUGAUAUUAAAGCCUUCUUCAACGUUCGUUCUAACCAGAACAUGGGAGAUAUUUCCGAAUUUAAAACUAAAGUUCGUUUCCGUUACCACGUAUUACCUGUGGGGUAUCAACGAACAAGAUGAAGUCUUGAAAUGCAAUCGUCCGUGCAAAAGUACUGACCCCUGGAUUCCACAUAACUUUAAUUUGAAACAAAUAGACGCCGAUGAUUACGAGGUCUGGGGUGUUGAUGAUUCUAACGACAUCUACAUGUUAGAAACUAGGUUGAAUAGCAAUUGGACAAAUAUCAACGGAAAGAUGAAAUUCGUGAGCGUUUCCGGUGUUGGUGAUAUCUGGGCCAUCGACCCUGAUGACGGCGUCUAUACGUGUCGCAAACCAUGCAACGGACAAUGGAAGAACGAUGAUUGGAAUUUACGACAACUUGAUGUCGGAACGUUUAGAGUUUACGGCGUUGAUUGCAAAAACGACGUCUACUUUAAAGAGUUAAACUACAACGAGCACUGGAAGCACGUCGCUGGAAAAUUGAAAUAUGUUACCAGUAGCGGUAGAGGUGCGGUAUUCGGCAUCGACAAACGAGGUAACGCCUUUUUCUGUGAAGAACCUUGUUAUGGAGAUUGGAAGACACUAGGAAAAAACUUAAAACAGAUUGAUGCCGGUAAUAACAUUGUCGUCGGUGUCAACAGUCAGAAUGAAGUUUUCAAGAUGCCAACAAUGUACUAUUAA